AUGUCUGAAAACACACCAAAACCACAAACCAAUGUUGUAAUGACACCAAUGAGAGGGCCAACGCCUCAACUCAUGCCAAUGCCCAACACUCUAAAGGCGGUGAACUGUCCGCCAGGACUCGAGUAUCUCUUACAAGUGGAUCAACUGCUCGUCAAACAAAAAAUUGAGUUAUUGGAAACUUUAACCGGUUUUGAGACAAACAAUCAGUACGACAUCCAAAACAAUUUGGGACAGAAUGUAUUCAUGGCCUCAGAGGACACGGACUGUUGCACUCGCAACUGUUGCGGACCUAACCGUGCAUUUGAUAUGCGAAUCGUCGGUCCGUCGCGACAGGAAGUCAUACAUUUGUAUCGACCGCUAAGAUGUGACACGUGUUGCUGUUUCUGUUGCCUUCAGUACAUGCGAGUGGAGUCACCUCCGGGUCAGCUCAUCGGACACGUUGUGCAGGACUGCAGUUGUUUGCGGCCGUCGUUUCACAUCGAAGAUCCUUCUGGUAAAAAGACAUUGAGAAUUGAAGGACCCGUUUGUACGUUCAGUAUCUUCUGUCAAGACGUCGAGUUUCACGUCUUUUCAAACGAUAAGAGCGCAAGAGUUGGAAGAAUUACGAAGAGAUGGUCCGGUAUUCUAAGGGAGACGUUCACUGACGCCGAUAUCUAUGGAGUGCUGUUCCCAAUGGAUAUGGAUGUGAAGACCAAAGUGUGUCUAUUGGCCGCCACUUUUCUCAUCGAUUAUAUGUUUUUCGAGAAGAAAGGCAAUGAAGAGAGAGACAGACCCGGAAUGAUGGACAGCAGGUUCUGA